AGGUACACAACGCCAGUCUUCCACUCUGGCAAGCGCUAUUCAUUGCAUUUUUGUUUUUGAAGAUUCUUUUUCAGCAAUUGCUUGCAGUUUAUACCUUAAAGGGUUGCGACGACUGGGUAGAUUGAGUUGAAAUGGUGAAAUAAAUACCAAGUAACCAUAUCAAGUUAAUGUAGCAUCGGAUAAGACUUUACAUCGACAAACAGAGGACCAAUUCCUAGUUCCUUUACGACAGGGUGCCGAGCUUAUUAUCAAAUAAAACGCGAAAGAGAAUAUGUUUGGCUUAAGAUGCCACAUUGGGCGAGGUGCGAGGUGAUUUCAUAAUCCCACGGGUGCUUUCGCGAGCAGAGCAUGGCGAAUGCUGUCUCCUAGGUGCGGCAAACGAUGAGCCAACCUUAUUCUCCGACGCUACGUGAUUCAGCAUUUCAACUCAUGCUCACCAAAACAUAUUUUGCAAGUUAAUCGGGCUGUGAGCAUGAAAAAUUUAUUCAAGAGUUUGUUUACUCAUUCCAGUGGUAGUGAAUUGAAACUGCUCUAGGAUUGGAAACUUGACUUUUCAGUUCAGGAUGCGACGGGGUCAGCGCGCAGCACAAGGAGACGGGGAUGUCGAAAGAAUCGGGGGAAAAAAGAAACAGAGUGGGCUGUUAUUCUCAUUUUUCUUUUUUAUCUUGCUCCUUGAGACUUCAGGAACAUGACGAUGGACACUGCAUAGACGACGGAAAACGUCAAUUAAUCUCCACCAAACAUCACCAGCAGCUGCAAUCGCAUUCAGCAACUCGUAAAAUCGUAGGAACAGAACAGGGAGGAACAGCGGCUGCUGCUUUCGCCCACUAAACAUGCUCACAAGGAAGCGUAGCACUCAUCACACAAACUACAUGUACCCCGAGGGACCAUCCCGUAGGAUCUUACUACGUUCUCCUAAGACAUCAAACAACUCCCGUCGUCUGCCUCCAUCAUUUCCGAUGAUAUCUGGCCAACUAACCCUUCGUGCAAUCCAGCCUGCCAGCCUGAGCUCGUGAAGCUGUCUUCUAUUGAGUAUUCGGUUAUUCUUGUGGCAUCCGAUUUGCAUUUAAUGCGACCGAAAUUGGGUUUCCAGGGCUAGAGGGUGCUAGCUGCUGGAGAUAGCCAUGGUUGCAUAACUGCGUGAGCUGUUUACGGGAGAUAAUCUGUGUCGUACUUCUGUGCUUGCGGUAUCUUCUCUGGAUGUAGUCGCAGCAGGUACAGCGAAGCCAUGUUUACGGGUCUGACUUGUGUAAAGAAUUAUUAAGGCUAUUAUCAUUAGUAGUGCUCCGGUUAUGAUCCAUAGUUCCAUUUUAUUGCUUGUGCUGCUGGGAAAUUUACAAUGUUUCCUUGCGUGAAGAAAUAGAUUCCGAGAAGAAAAUUGAGCAAAAACGGCUGAGUUUCCUCAAUUUCUUGGUAUAAAUUUACGGAUAGCUCACUGCCCUUACUUGAUUAUUACCUCCGAUCUCACCUAAGUUACAAUAAUUUAUAUAAUCGCACUCGCAUUCAUGCCUGGAACUUUGGUUAGGAAUCCUACAUUUGGGUAUUCCACUCCGCUGUAGGCUGCUUCGCCUGUUGAUUGUGAAGAAAACUUGUCGAAGGCCGUGGUUGGCGAUGACCUCCAGCAUGGUUGGAUCGUCUAUGAGUCAGUUGAUCAGUCGCUGCCGAUUGAUAUCUUCGUGGUAUGAUUUUCAUGUAUUGUACCAAAAGCGGCGUCACUAAUGGGUCGUUGAACUUCAUUAUCUGAGUUAGGACGAUGAUCGGAUAGUAUUCGGGAGGUGCUGUUGUAGGAGUUAAACAAACGGAGGCAGUUCGAUGCCUGUGACAUCGCUUUCAGUGUCAUAAUUGAUGAUGGAAAUUUCUUCCUCACAAACGAGUCAGGACAAUGCGAAAAUUGUAUAUGACAGCGAUGCCUCUCCCUUCGUUAUUACAAGACAAGUUUCCCUGAGUUGUUUUAUUAUCAGAUAUAGCACUGCAGUCGAGUUGUAGAAUAAAGCUCAAUACCACUGGUAGAGUCGUUUGUGACUAUGUUGCCAUUCUAAGAGGCUUAUUUGAUUUGUUCAGUGGAGUUCUUUUUUUCUUUUUUCUUUUUGCCUCCGAAGCCAUCUUUGCAAGCUGUGGUCGGUACUGGAGCUGAGUUCUAUUUGGAACGGAGGACUGGUCGGCAAGAGGGGACAACUUGCCGUCGGAGCUUGUGCGCCAACCACGAACCUUGAACCUGGUUUUGUCUCUGGGAAUUUUAAGAGAACUCUUCCAAAAACAUAGCAUCGACUUGACAAACUUUAUUGAAAGGGACGACUCACCUCUUCAAAUCCAUGACUUCAUUCUUUUGAAAUCUUCCUCACAAAAUUUCCUCCUCCAUCAAGUCCUUGAGAAGCAAUAAAGAAGCUCGGUGCUGGCUUCUCAGUACCGUUACCUAAGUAAUGUUACAUUUUUCUCAGUAAGCUCUAGUCGAUCUUUCGAGCUGGACGAUGACAUACGGCAUAGCACGUUAGAAGUGGUCCACACAGAUGGUAAACAAUGUAAUAUCUGUUUGGUAACUCCCGUCUCCAUCGUUUGGCAAAAUUGGAAUUCAACACGUACAAGUUUACCACUCUAGGCCUUUUAUUCCUGCAGGUUAUCAUGUUUCUUAGUAACAGAUCAGGUACUUUGCGGCUACUCCUAUGACCAUUCAUUUUUCUUUUUUUCUUUUUUUCGUUUAUAUCGGAACAAACAGCAUUGAAUUCUAUUGCUAGAAAGGAACCGCGACAUCCACAGCGCCUCAGACCCCUGUUAAAUAGUGAUAUACCAAGGGAUACCGGGGUUGGAAGGCCAUUCACGGAGCUGUUUAUUCAACAAUGGCUCAUGGAAACGGAAGCUCUUCCCACAACUCUGGCGAAGGUGCUGAACAACACACUCGUGAAAUAGACGAAGAAUACUUCUCAGAGCUGGACUCAGCAGAUUCUGAAAACGAUGAAGUGCCAAAGGCGUUUGAAACUAACAUCCCACGUGGAUCGGGGAAGCGAACAUAUGGCGUGAUCGUUAACGAUCUGCACGCAGAGCGCCGGCUUAAGAACGCCAAGCUCGACGAGCAGCUGAGUUUCUUACGGUCGAUCUUACCAGGCACUACUCCAGGGGAAGAGAAGGCAUCUAUUUUGAUGGACGCAUACCAGUACAUUAUGAAACUUCAAAAAUGUGUGGAUGAACUCAACACCGAACUUAUUCCGUUGAGCACAGCAUCUGCCAACAUGAGUGCUGGCAACCUUAUUGUGGGGUCACUCCAGGAGGCACCGGAUACACAAUCAACGAGAUCGGCUUCUGUCUGUGUUUCGUACCAGCAUCCAAUGGUGGAAGUGAAACGAGAGGAAGGGAAAUUAGAAGUACAUAUAGCGUGCAUGAAUCGGCCGGGCCUCCUAGUUGACAUCAUGGGCGCUCUAGACUCAAGGAGAAUAACUGUAGUGCACGCUAAUAUUGCGUGUCGCGAAAACGCUCAACUGGAAGCCUUGAGAUUAGAGGUAUAAACUAAAACAAUUUCGGAGCUGGCGCAAAUCUGGGCCAGAUGGAAUGCAUCUUGAUGAGGAAAAAUACAUUCGAACUUUCAUCUCGAAACAUAAAUCACAACUCAGUUCAGCUAUUUUUCAGGGUCAAUCUCAUUAGUAGCGACACAUAAGGUUCGAAGUCAACGUGUAUGAAGUGUGCUGGGUUUGUUUUUGAAAUAGUCGAAUCUGCAUGCUAGCCUUAUUGAAAUAUGAGCAUGAUGACAGCAUCUGCUAUUGCUUAUCCAGAAACUAUUGAUAACGGCAGAAAGAAACCUUUGAUGCUUCAAUCUGGCCCAGAGCCACUGCAAACGGAAGAAGAAGAUCAGUUGUUCAAAGAUAUUAUCGUCCGUGCCAUUCUUGACGAAACGUCUGUGAACAAUUCUCAAUGAUUUGGUCGUGUGAAACCUAACAUUGGGGUUAAGUUUCCAGCAUCAAAGCCUCAUGAAACUCCACUUAAAGAAGAGUUACGUAUCCGCAUCUGCACCUUUUCAACAAUAAGCCGCUUGAUUACGUGCUUAUUAAGGUUAGAAGGCGGCUAACUCUGAGUUCUUGAACAUGUUAUGGCUUUCAAUCCACUCGGGUGAGUAGAAUGUCAACAAACGAUCUAAAAACUACUGCUUGAACCACUCCAAAUGUAACGACUGGUGAGUCCUCAUUUGUGUUAUGCGAUGCAAAAUGACACCAUCAUCUUAUGAACAGACCUCUAGUUCUGAGCAAUUGAAGCAUGAAAAUUACAACCGUUCGUUUCUAGUGCAAUUAGUGCAAGUAGAGUUUUGAGCUGCACACGUUUCUGAGGAAAGAAGAGUCAUGAACAUUCAAUUGUUAGACUUGUUUAGCUUGGAAACAAAACUCAGUCCAUGAAGGAGUUGGAAUAUUAGGCUGUUUCUUGCCACACUUGUUUUAAUUCUCUUGUGAAGAGGAAGCACAACUAGU